CGCCAUGGCCGUCCUCGCGUUGAACACCGGAUUGAUCCCGCUCGCGGCGCGCGCCGCGACGCGGCGAACCGCGACCAAGCGCGUCGUCGCGCCCAAGGCGGCGACGACGACGAAGGCGCAGCAAAAAGUGCGAACGACCGCGGUCGCGGCGACGCCGGCGGCGAUCGCCGCGCCGGCGUUCGCGGCGAGCGAAGCGCUCGAGCAAGUCGCGCUCGCGGACGUGAACAUUUUGGGCGUCAUCGCGACGGCGCUCUUCAUCAUCAUUCCGACGGCGUUUUUGAUCGUCUUGUACGUCAAGUCGUCGUCCGAGGGUAACGUCUCGGGUGGUUUCUCGCAAGAGUACUACGAUAAGUCGAAGAAGCGAGGCGACAAGAAGACGAACGAAGCCGCCGUGCUCAAGGGCAAGGGCUUGGGCAUGCGCCCGGAGAAGUAAACGCUCGGUCGAGACGAAGCGCGUUUACGAGUCGCGUUCGUCAGCACGAAGACGCACUCCUGUUAGGUCGCGGAAAAUAGCGCGCGUGCUUCGUUUGACUUGAGAAUGAACGAUCUAGAUCGGAGGAGGUGGAUGUUUUUAAGAGGACGUACGCCGAGAAUUUUUAAUCAACGAGAAGCGCAUCUUUUUAGUCGACGCGACGCGACGCGCGGUUUGUCCGUCCUAAAGCGUUACUUACACGAGCUACAUUUUCAAUACGUCGCGCCCGCGAGCGCGUCGCGCAAAGCGUUCCUUUGGUCGUCGCCGAGCGAUUUCGGGAAACGAAUGUGAAACUUGAUCUUCAAGUCGCCGCGCUCGCCGGGGGACUUGCUCAGCGGCAUGCCUUCGCCCGGCAACACCUUGACGAAGGUCGGGGAGAUGAUGUCGUCGACCUUGACGUCCAUCG